CUCUCACCCCAGCAGAAUGAUGCGGAAAUGCAAAUACACCAUCAUGUUGUGACCCAUAUUGCGAAAAUUAGAAAGAAGGAAGUUGUGUUUCGCUAUUGCACGAAGUUCAGCCCGGAGGAGAAACUCGCUCGCCUUCGGAAGACAGUACCUCCUAAAUGGCUCUACUUUGAACCUGCUGGGCAAGGAAAAGAUUUUCAAGGAAACCAUCUACUGUGUGCGAGCCUCUGCCGGCCAAUCCCAGACCCCAGCGCGGAGCCAGGCGCCUGUGCCUGCCAACCCUCAGCACCCUCCUCGGAGAGGCUGGUGGCAUCAGGAAACCCCUGGCCAGCCUCCACCUGAGCCCAGUGACCUAAGCUUUAAGGAUGGAGUCAGGCAGGGGGUCCUCAACCCCUCCAGGACCCAUUGCUGCCCUAGGGGUGCCAGAUACUGGACCUGGCAGUUCCUCCCUGGGGAAGCUCCAAGUGCUCCCCAUCGGGCCCAGGGCCCACUGUGGGGAUCCUGGCAGCCCAGCUGCAGCAGGGGACGGCUCUCUAGACACGGGCCCCACGGGAGAGCAGAGUGGUAGCUUAAAGAUCCCCAACCGGGACAGCGGGAUCGACAGUCCAUCCUCCAGUGUGGCUGGAGAGAACUUCCCCUGCGAGGAGGGCUUGGAGGCUGGCCCAAGCCCCACUGUGCUGGGGGCACACCCAGAGAUGACCCUGGACAGCCAGGUCCCGAAGGUCACCCCCCAGGAGGAGGCCGACAGCGACGUGGGUGAGGAACCUGACCCUGAGAACACCCCCCAGAAGGCUGACGAGGACGCCGGCCUGGCCCAGCACUCUGGCCCGCAGAAGCUUCUCCACAUUGCCCAGGAGCUCCUGCACACCGAGGAGACCUAUGUGAGGCGGCUGCACCUGCUGGACCAGGUUUUCUGCACCAGGCUGACGGAUGCGGGGAUCCCUCCAGAAGUCAUCACGGGCAUAUUCUCGAACAUCUCUUCCAUCCACCGCUUCCACGGGCAGUUCCUGCUGCCGGAGCUGAAGACGCGGAUCACGGAGGAGUGGGACACAAACCCACGGCUCGGGGACAUCCUGCAGAAGCUGGCCCCAUUCCUAAAGAUGUACGGCGAGUACGUUAAGAACUUUGACCGAGCCGUGGGGCUGGUGAGCACGUGGACCCAGCGCUCCCCACUGUUUAAGGACGUCAUCCACAGCAUCCAGAAGCAGGAGGUGUGUGGAAACCUGACGCUGCAGCACCACAUGCUGGAGCCCGUGCAGAGGGUCCCCCGGUACGAGCUGCUGCUCAAGGACUAUCUGAAGAGGCUUCCGGAGGACGCCCCAGACCGGAAGGACGCGGAGAUCACUGCCUGGUGUGGCUGGCAGGUAGCCCGGGCAGGCGUCUGCAGGAUUGUGGGAGCCCCCUGCCUGGAGAAAAUGCACAAGCUCUUGGAGGUGUACGAGCAGCUGGGUGGGGAAGAGGACAUUGUCAACCCGGCCAAUGAGCUGAUCAAGGAGGGCCAAAUCCAGAAGCUGUCAGCCAAGAACGGCACCGCCCAGGACCGUCACCUCUUCCUGUUCAACAGCAUGAUCCUUUACUGCGUGCCCAAGUUGCGGCUCAUGGGCCAAAAGUUCAGCGUCCGGGAGAAGAUGGACAUCUCAGGCCUCCAGGUGCAAGAUAUCGUCAAGCCAAACACAGCGCAUACAUUCAUCAUAACGGGAAGGAAAAGGUCCCUGGAGCUGCAGACGCGGACAGAGGAAGAGAAGAAAGAAUGGAUUCAGAUCAUCCAGGCCACCAUCGAGAAGCACAAGCAGAACAGUGAGACCUUCAAGGCUUUCGGUGGCGCCUUCAGCCAGGAUGAGGACUCCAGCCUCUCUCCAGACAUGCCUAUCACGAGCACCAGCCCUCUGGAGUCUGUGGUGACCACCGAAGGCGGUUCAGGUGCAGCAGGGCUCGAGCCCAGAAAACUCUCCUCUAAGACCAGACGUGACAAGGAGAAGCACAGCUGUAAGAGCUGUGGCGAGACCUUCAACUCCAUCACGAAGAGGAGGCACCACUGCAAGCUAUGCGGGGCGGUCAUCUGUGGGAAGUGCUCCGAGUUCAAGGCCGAGAACAGCCGGCAGAGCCGCGUCUGCAGAGAGUGCUUCCUGACACAGCCAGUGGCCCCCGAGAUCCCCAGCCCCGAGGCUCCGGCCGAGCCCAAGCAGAGCACAGAGAAGACACCCGCUGCAGACCCCCAGCCCAGCCUGCUCUGCGGCCCCCUGCAGCUGUCAGACAGCGGGGAGACCUGGAGCGAGGUGUGGGCCGCCAUCCCCACGUCGGAUCCCCAGGUGCUGCACCUGCAGGGAGGCAGCCAGGACGGCCGGCUGCCCCGCACCAUCCCUCUCCCCGGCUGCAAACUGAGUGUGCCGGACCCUGAGGAGAGGCUGGACUCCGGGCAUGUGUGGAAGCUGCAGUGGGCCAAGCAAUCCUGGUACCUGAGCGCCCCCUCCGCAGAGCUGCAGCAGCGAUGGCUGGAGACCCUGAGCACUGCUGCCCGUGGGGACACGGCCCAGGACAGCCCGGGGACCCUGCAGCCUCCGGUCCCUAUGGGCACAGCUGCUCCGUGAGCUGAGUCUCCCGCUGCCCUGCACUCCACCACAUCGGGCCUGUGCUCUCCUGGGAGGUGGCGUCAGAGGCCAGAUGAAGAGCGCCCUGGACUGCUGAGGGUGGGCCAACAGCCCAGAGCUCAGGACACUUGGCUUUGGAGGGAAGGAAACUGAGGCCCAGAGAGGGGCAGCCACUGGCCAACGGUCACCCAGCAAGUCUUGGUUAAGAGCCUGGCCUCCAGCCCCAGCAGUGUGGCCCAGAGCAGGGGCCGACUGCCACAGUAACCAUCAUCCAUACGGGUCGUGUGGUGAUGCUGGCCCAGAAGGCAGAAGGAUGCAGCAUGGGCACUGCCAGGGACAGCCACAUCCGGCCGGUCUGCAGUGUGGUCCACCCCCGCCUCUGCCCAGCCUGUCUACACCGUGUGAGCUGAAUCAUGACUCGCUUCCCACCUCCCUUCUCUGUCCUCUCCUGAGGUCCUGCCUCCAGCCCCCAGGAGGUGGACCUGCCGCGUCCUAGCUGGACUCACGGUUCCUAAAUAACUGCACUCGGAAGCUCUGCUGGGACUUACCCCAGCCACUGAGUGGCAGACGCAUGAGAUUUGUGGCUGUUCCUGAUGCUGGUGGCACACAGUGCUUAUCUGCAUAAAUAAACACUGGCCACCGGCAGUG